UAAUUUGUGGCAAAUUCGCCUUUACGUUAAAAAAAAAAAAACCAUUUACAAAAAAUAUUAAAAUUGGAGUUAUUCCAUCAAAUCAUGAAUUAAUCCAAUUGUGGGACAAUUGCUCUAGAAAUUUGUUUGUAUGUAAGAAAUGUUUCUUUUAGGAUAUCUCACUUCAAGGCUAACCGAGGUAGCACUCUAUAUUCUUCUUGGGAGAGAUGCAGUGAAGUAGAGAGAGAGAGAGAGAGAGAGAGAGAGAGAGAGAGAUUGAGCCGAAGGUGGACGCUGCUUUGAAAAGAAAAAAAAAAAGGUUGGAAUAAUGUGAUGUAAUGAUAUUCCUUCUCUCUUCAAUGCAAAGAUUAGAUUUUUAUUUGGUUUGAUUUUUUCUGGCACUGUUUCUCAAUCAACUCAAGUGGGUACUCUCUGCUUCAAAAAAAGCUUCAGUCUUUUUUUGACCCAUUUGGGGGUUUUCAAGAUUCCCCUGUUCAAACUUUCUUCUCCGGUUUGAAUUCCCAUUUCACAACAGCAAGGUACGAGGUUUUCUCUAAUGGCGAACAGGGCACAAGCGGUGGUAAUAACAACCACAACCACUACUAGUACGAGGUUUCAGGUUUUGCCCUUCAUUUUAAUCUGUCUGAACAACGUCUUAUCCGCUGAAUGCAUAGAUAGGAUUACCAAAAGCGAGCCCCCCAAAAUCAAGAACCGGCUGCUUUUCAAGAUUCUGCUGAGUGUGUUCUUGGGAAUUAUUACAGGUUUAAUCUGUGCCCUUUUAUUCGCUCUCUUAGCAAGAUAUUUUCUCAAGUACAUUAACAGAAAAACCCCAACCCCCAAACCCCUUAUUCUCUUCUCUCCGAAAAUCUCUCCCAAAACACUAAAAUCAGCUAUGUCAAAUGAACCCCACUUGCUUGGUUCAAGCUCCAAUGGAGAUUACUACAAGGUUGUCCUAGACAACGGCCUCACAGUUGCAGUUAAAAAGCUCAACCCCUUUGUUCCGAAUACGUCGGCGACGACGAAGAAGAAGAAGCGAGUUAAACGGGAGCUCGAUACGCUUUCGAUCCUACGGCAUAGGAAUUUGAUGAGUUUGAGGGGUUAUGUGUUUGAAUCUAAUAUAUGCUCUUUGGUUUACGACUACGCCCCGAAUGGGAGCCUUGAAGAUGCGAUGAGGAGCGCGAGGGAGGAUCGGUUGGAGCUUAAAUGGGAGGUUCGUCUUCGGAUUGCUGUUGGGAUUAUUAGAGGGCUUUACUAUCUUCAUUUCAAUUGUGAACCGCAAAGGCUGCAUUGUAAUUUGAAGCCUUCGAAUGUUAUCUUGGGGCCGCAGUUCGAGCCUCGUUUGGCGGAUUGUGGGUUGGCUCCGAUUCUUCCGGAUUUUUCUCGUGCGGGCUCGUGUUACACUGGACCGGAGUGUUCUCUGAAUUGUCGGUAUACGGAUAAAAGUGAUAUCUUUAGCUUUGGGGUGAUAUUGGGUGUUCUAAUAACGGGUAAAGACCCGUUGGAUCCGAUGUUUGGGGAAGGAGGAAGCAGCUUAGGGCAAUGGCUAAGGCAAAUGCAGCAAAGUGGGGAGGUUAGAGAAACGAUAGACAAGAAUAUUUUAGGACAAGAAAUUGAAGAAGACGAGAUGGUUAUGGCUGUUAGUAUUGCAGUUGUGUGCAUGUCGGAAUUGCCUGCGGAUCGACCGUCGAGCGAUGAACUCGUUUCAAUGCUGACUCAGUUGAAUAGUUUUUGAAUCGAAGACAUAGAGAGAGAGAGAGAGAGAGCUUUUGGUUGUUCUCACGGCUUAUACGGGGAUGCUUUGCGUACUUAGGUUUGCCGUGAGAGCAACCAAAUGAGCUCCGGUAGUGAUUUUCUUGAUUUCACCGAUUAACGAGCAAAAUAUUAUUAUAUAUAUAUAUGUUAA